GCAGUACCUAUCCACGGCGUCGUGAGGAUGAAGCAGGCCGUGCAGGUACUGUCGCAGCGUCUGUCGGAAGUGCUGCCGGCGAUGGGGACGACCGACAUGGAUCCGCUUAUCCUGGACGUCGACGAAGUCGCAAAUUCGUCGGGCCCUGCGACGUCGGUUUUGCCCGUGCCCAGCACGGCAGUUCACUUGCACCCCGACGUGCAAAAGAAGCACCAACGCGUGGGGCUGUACCUGCAAGUCAUCGGCGCGAUCUGCCUGAGCUUCAUGGCAGUGCUCGUCAAGUACACAUCCCGCGCGAUCUCGGUCGAAUCGCUCGUGUUCUGGCGGUCCUUCCUCGCCCUUGGGGUGAAUGUGACGCUCCAACAUCACUUUGGCAUGCCGUAUUUGACCAUCUUCCUCGAUGAGCUUCGAUCGACAGUCCAACUUCACAGCGUCUUGACCUACCUCGUCACAACCUUGUCAUUUCAUGCAGUGGCAGCCAUGCCUGUGUCGGAUGCUAGUGUUGUGUUAGGAUCGACGUCGGUGCUGACGUGCCUCGCCGGCUACAGGUUGCUCCAACUGGACCGCCACUCUUCGCACAAGAUCGCGAUCCGCGCCACAGAGUGGAUUCUCGGAGCGAUGCCCUUGCUGGGCCUGUUGUUCGUCCAAGGCCCUUUGUGCCUCCUCCCAGACGCUGCGUCGUCCGCGCCACCACCAGGCCUCGCUUACGUCGGCGGUGUCACGGCCGCCAUGCUGUCGGGCGUGAUGUGGGUCGUCAUGCCGCAGCUUCAUGACAUCUCGCCACUACCCGUGAUCACCCACACGUUGGUCUUGAGUUCAACCGUGUCUGGUCUGAAAAGUGUCAUCUUCCCCGAGGCCGUCGUGCCCACCGACGUCGUGUCGCUGCCGCGCGUAGUCACAGAGGUAGUUGUCAUGGCCGCCUUGGGCAGCAUCGGCCAGAUCAGCGUCACACGAGGAUGUCAGCUCUACCCGAUGGAGCCCCUCCCCGUGGUUCCAUUUGCCGCGGGGCUUGUGAGCAUGCUCGUGCUGGACGCGGUCGUGUGCAAGGAGUACCUCCCCGCGGGACCCACGAUCGCGGUUGUCGUUGCUGUCGGCGCCACCGCGUUGCUCAUCCUUCGAAAACCAGCCUCCGACGUCGUGCAACCGGUCGUUGCAGCGCCAGAAUAAGAGAGAUGCAUGCAGAUGGACU